AUGGAUUUGACGGGCGCCGGCUUCGCCUGGCCCGUGGGCUCCUUCCUGCGCCUCGGCCUCGAUGGCUCGAGCGGCGCCGCCUACGCCCGCGCCGCGGUGCACGCGGGGCGCGUCAUCCAGGGCCUGGAGGUCGUGGUGCCCAGCGCGCCCUGCGUGGAGCUCAACUCCUCCGCGUCGGGGGAGUUUGGCGAAAAGGCGCUGGACUUCUACGAGGAGCCGCACUUGGAGGUGGUGCUGCAUGUCGCCGCUGUGAAUGCCAGCAUCUUCCUGGGGCCUUCCCUGCAGGACGGUUAUGAGAUCAACCUGGAGGGCCUCUCAUACAUUCGGCGCGUGCGUUUCGACACAUCUCUGGGCGGUUCCUCGCAGCAGACCAUCUUGGACCCAGGUACUGGCCUGGACUUGUGGCUGUCCUGGCAGUUCUUGGCCGGCGAGGCGGUGCUGCGCGUCUACGAUGCGCUGCCGGAGGAGGGGCGGCAGCUGCUGUCCUACUUCGACGCAGCGCCGCCCGCCGGGUACCUGCAGCGGCUGUGGGUGGGGGGCGAGGGCUCCUGGCAGCUUUGCCCCACGGGGGCGUCCAGGCCGCAGCUGGCCAGUUCGAGCCACCCCCGGCCUUUGCUGAAGCUCGUGGAGGAGGGCACCACGGUGUCGGAGUGCGGCACGGCGGAGCGGGACGUCGCGGUUGGGGGCCCUUGGCCUUUGGAGCUCACGGUGGCGGAGCACACGCUGACGUCCUCCGCCAACUUCAGCUUCCUGCAAGGCGGGCUUUUCAACUUGUGCUACAACCCGGACGCCAGCAACGACUGCCUUUGCAGCGCAGGAACCUGCCGUUGCACUCGCACUGGGGACUCCUGCAGCCCCUCGGCCGAGAGGCCCUUUGGCAGCUGCAACCCCUUUGCCCCGAGCAACUCAGGGACCGCCUCCACGCUGCUCUUCGCAGAGAUUGCGGUCCAAGGGGUCUCUGGCCCAUCCUCCGAUUUGGCCGCGGAACGCUGGGACUGCUUCUUCCGGCCCGGCUUCGGCAGCUUCCCCUGCCGCCUGCUGCGGGCCGGCUGGGUCUUCGGCUCCUUCGGCUCCGGCGCCGGGCUCUGGGGGGCCGCCUUCGGCGAGGACACCUUGCGCGCGGGGGGCGGCCUGCUGGAGGAGUUUCCGACCACCUGCGGCAGCACACCCGCGGCAUUCUUCGACACGGACAGCCCGCUGGAUUUCCAUGAGGACUCCACGCUGCCCGCGGUGCGCUGGGACGCAGCGGCGGGUGCCUUCACGGCGCCCCUCUGCUUCUGCGCCGGCGCCUGCAGCGCCCCGCAGGACUUUGUGCAGGCCUUCGGCCGCCUCUACAUGUGGGUGGUCCACAUUUGCGACAGGGACGAUGCCACUUGUGACAGUUCGUACAUGCAGGUGCUGCCGCAACAGAGCUUUGUGAUAAAGAUUUUCUGUCCACCAGGAGGUGCGUGCACGGAGAGUGACCAGAAUCAGCUCAAGAUCGUGCAGGGCGAGGGGGACCGCGCCAACUGGGACAGCGCCAACCUUUGCCAAGUGGCCGGCGCCGCCUGGUCCGGCGGCUCCGGUGGUGUGCGGGUGGACGUGAAGGUAUGGGCCACCGACACGCCCAGGCUGCUCACUCCCGGGACGGGCUACCAGGUGUGCUACUGCAAUGGGGACUGCGACCAAUCCUGGAAUUGGAUAGAAGUUGGGCGGGUGCGGACUCUGGGGACUCUUGGCCUGGCCUCCACUGAUGGCGGGGUGCCGCUGGUAACCUAUGUGAACAAGCCAGGCAGCUUCACCAUGUACGCGGGUGUGAGAUCUACACCACCCAUCGUGUCGCCUUACGACUCCAACAUGUUCGAGGGGCAAGCGGCGCUGAAGUUGAUCUCUCUGGACCGAGAGGUGACGCCUGAGGGCGACACACUGGCGGACCGGUAUGAGGUCAAGACCAAGGGCGAGGCACAGCUGGCCGCCUUGCACCAGCACUGUCAGGGGGAGGAGUUGGUGGCGCACAGUGGGGCGGCCACCAACGCGGCGCCGAGCCGCUUCCUCGCCUUCGGCGAGCUCCAGAUGCAGGCCGGUACUGUGGCAGUGUGCUACUGCGGGCUCGCGGACUGCAGCGGGAGCUGGCUCUAUGUGGGGCUCUUGCAGCUUCGAGGGCCUCGAGGUGGCCAGACGUGGGUGCUCCCCACAAAGCGCAUCGUGGCGCUGCGAGAUGUCCAAGGCUGGGGCUUCCACGUGGAGGACAAGCUGCGCCUCGCCGCCGACAGCUGCGAGGGCAGCGUCUUCACGCCCUACGCGCCGCAGGGCACUCGGGAGGUGAAGGUUGGGUGCCCUUUCGGUAUCAACUCCUCAGUGGCGUGCGGCCUCGCGUCGGCCACCGAGCUCUUGAACGUGCAGCUGGCCGACAACUUGCGCUCAGGCGUGAACCUCGCCGGCAUCCAAGUGGAGUCGGCCUCCUCGAGCAUUUUGACCUUCACAGCCCCGGUGGACCUGCAGAACGGGGACGCCAUCUACAUCGAGCCCAACUGCAUCCGGGUGAACGGGCAGCCGCUGGCCAGCAUGUCGGCCACCCAGCGUUUCGACGCCAUGCGGCUGGCCGGCACGGGCCAAUUCCAGGACGACGUCAGCAAGACCUUCCUGCGAUACUGGCACCACGUGGAGCUGGUGGAGGAUGGGGGCUUUGGCGCUUCCAAGGUGCGGAUCCCGGUGGGUUGGCCCCAGGACUCUAUCCCCGCGUUCUCCUUCGCCUCCGGCCUGCAGUGGUACCGCAGCAACACUUUGAACUCCCAGGAGGAGCUCAAAGUGGACAGUCUCCUCACUGACCGCCCAGUCUGCUGGGCGCCCAACGAUGACGGUGAGUACAACUUCUACGGCAGCGCUGGCACGGUGAGUUUCACGGAUCCUCCUGAGUUGCUAGGUGCGCGGGUGGCGCUCACAGCCCGCGGGGACGGCGAGGAGGCGCCGAUCCUCAUCUCCUUUGUGCCGUCCCGGGCGGUGCCGGAGUACCGACUUUCCUCUGGUCAAAUGCUGCUGGUGCUACGCUUCCUGAACACAGACAUCCUGAAGCCCACCUCCAACAGCACGCAGCAGAGCCCGCUGGCGUGCGGCCGGCUUUUCCGGGAGCUUUGGUCGGACGCGCCAGGGGGGUUCCCAGUGCCUGUGGGUUGCUGGCUGGAGGACUUGGGUGCGAAUGGGGAGUCCAGCCAGAGAGAGCUCUUCAUCCUCUUUGAGCGGCUGAACGGGCUGCGGAGUGUGUGCCCAGAGGGCUCUUGCAGCUACCAGAUGGUCCUGGAGGCUGCAGCCUCGGGCCUGAGUGCUGGCUCGGAGGUUUUGGAGCUGGAGGUGGGCUGCUCCUUUGGUCACGGGGACUGCGAGAGGUACCAGGUCUACGAGCGCGGCGCCGUGGGCUUCGAGGAGACCGGCACGGUGGCGCCGGGCGCCAGCGGCUUCCAGGCCGCCCUUGAAACCUCCGAAGUGACCUCCGAGCUGCGGCUCCGCACAUCGGCGCAGAACGCGGCGGUACAGCCGGGCACGACCCUGCGGCUCUUCCUGGCGCCCUUCACCCAGUGGAACCUCGGCCCAAGCUGCGCCUCGCCUUCCGCCGGCUGCGUGUCCUCGGGCGGAAGCUGCGGGACCUCCGCUGGCUGCGCCGUGGAGCGCGUGCUGCCGGGGGUCUUCGCCAACGAGAAGGAGCGGUAUGCCAUCCUGAAGCUGCAGCUGCCGGAUGACAUGGAUCCCAUCCUGGACCAGGUGUCGCACACCUUCGUGGCGGCCCUGAGUGCAGCCUCUGGGGCCUUCUUCCCCACGCGGGCCGCCGCGGAAGUGGCCACGGCCACGGGCGCGCAGCCCAGAUACGUCCCGGACGCGGGCCUCUUGUUGCGGCUGGAUCCCUCGGCCGGCUCCGCGCGGUUCAUGGUGAGCGGCCGCGAGAACUGCGGGCCGCAGCCCUUUGCGGGGCAGCGGAACCUGCUGUAUGCACAGAUCAUGGUCGCGGCCACAACCGGCAGCCUUGCAUCACUGGAGAUCACUCCCCCGCCCGGCUUUGCCUGCGACGGUGGCAAGUCGGUCCCGGGCCCCGAGCCCACGGCCGAGCUGCUGCGCUCCGCGUCCGCGGCCUUCGACGGGGACGUGGUGACGUUGCAACUGUUGGACCGGGAUUUGGACGGCUUCCCGGACGUGGCUCGCAACCUGGUGGAGGGAACUUGGCAGAGAGGUCCUGUGGGGUCCUCUUGCCUCUUCCGGCUUGCAGAUGGCCAGAAGCUCUAUGCUGGACAGGCGCUUCUGCUGGCGCUGGAAGUGCUGAACCCCAGCCUGCCGUCGGCGGCGGGCGCCUGGUCGGUGAGCCUCGCCAGCGCCGGCGACGCGGAGGCGGCUGCGGCGCCGGUCUACGGCAUCUCCUGGAACUUCAGUGCGCCGAGCGGCGACCUCUGGACUGCCGACCUGCCGGUGCUGGCCAAGUUUGAGGCCGCGGUACUGCAGCCCAGCGCUUUCGAGCCGGGAGCAGCCAACCGCCUCAGCGUGUUCUUCGUGCCGUCACAGGACUUCGCCUCCGGCGGCAUCUUGGCCCUGGACGCGCCCCUGCACUUCGGCCUCACCUGCCCUCUGCUCUCGGUGGCAAACCUUCCCGCGUUGCCGGGCCUGGGCAGCUGCGGUUUGGCGCAGAGCCCCCAGCAGCGCGGCCAAGGGGACGUCCUGAACCGCUUGGAGGUGCCGCUCUCUGGAUAUUUGCGGAAGGGCCGGCUUUACGGCUUCCAGCUGCAGGUGACCAACCCGCAGGCAAGCUCGGACGGGUUCUUCCUGUGGCUGCGGGACGCUUCCCAGUUGGCUUUGGAAGGCUCAGAGCCGCUGGGGCUGCUGGAGGGCCAGAUCGAGAGUUGGCAAAUCGCCGAACCUUCAGCUGGCAAUCGCGAGUUGUCAGCGCAUGUGGCUGGCGGCUUCCUGCGACCGUUCUCAGCCUUCGGCGUGUUGGAGACGCUGAUGAUCCAGGUGCGGCUGGCCAGCCCUGGGUGGCUUAGCGUCUUGGGGCCGCCGGAGGUGAGGUUCCAGGCCCCGGCCUUCUUUGCGCGGGUGGAGGCAGGCGGGCGGCAGCUCAUUUGGGCAGAGCCACUGGAGCCCAACAUGUCACAUGUCUUGGAAGCCGCGUUCCAGGUUGCCGAGGUGCCGGACAUCUAUGCAUCCUCGCGGGCCUUCUUUUUGGAGCUUAGGGCGGAUGAGAAGCUGGUGGCCGCGCGUGCGGUGGCAGCGCCCGCCUGGCGGCAAGUGGAGGCGGACGUGAGGUGCAGCUCACGCCGCGCCGGGGACGCCUUCAACGUGCUGACGUUUCACAUCCACUUGAGCACGCCCAUUACCCAGGACGGGGUGCUGGUGAUCCAAGCGGACCACUUUGGCCUGGUGCUCUCCUGCCCAGUGGAGGUCCUCUCCGGGUCGGCGGCCAUUUCCUGCAGCGCGGGCAAGCUGGGCAUGGGGGGCUUGCCCGCCUGGCUGCUGCGGCCCCAGAGUCCUGGAGACCUGCAGGGCUGGCUGCUGCUGGCGGCACAGGCCUCCAAUCCCAAAAGCGAAGUCCGGUUGGCCUGGACCAUCGGCAGCUUCCACAGCCCGGGAGGAGACUUUUGGCACGGCGACCUGUUGGACGCCCCGGUCACCGUGCUGGGUUGCCCGAUCAGUGAGGUGUUGCCGGCCUCUCUCCUCAGCUUCUCGGACGCCAGGCCUCACCAGCGAAGCGAGGUCGCCUUUACCUUUCAGCUACCGGCGGCGGCACCUGCUGGCUCCCUGCUCCUGCGGGCGCCCCCGGGGUAUGUUGUGCAAGCGGACUGCUCGAGAGACGUCUUUGCCCUCGCCGGGAACCACAGCGGGUUGAACCACAGCACCUGCCUGGGGGACGGCUCCCUUGCGGAGCUGCCAUUGCCUGAGGGCUUGCCUGUCGGGCUUUUCGGCUUUGGCCUGGCGGUGACGAACCCAUCGGACCAGCCUGCCUUGAACUGGUGGAGCCUCGAGGUGGGCGGCUUCGGCAAUUCCCUGGAGGGGUAUCCGCUGGCGCAGAUCCGGUUCCCCCUACCGCUGCGUCCGGUGAACCAAGCCUUUGCCGCGCCCGGAACGCCCACAGAAGCGCCGGUCGGGGUCUUCUUCGUGCUUCAGCGGGCGCUUUGGCCCGGCGCAAAGCUCCGGAUCUGGAGCCCCCAGCGCCUGGGCGCGGUGGCCACGUGGCCUACGCCCGGCAAGUGGGAGGUCGGCGCCAAUGGCAGUGCCUGGGAGGUGCGGGUGCCAGACUUCCUGGCGCCUGGCUUCACCCAUGGCCUUUACGUCCUCGCCUCCAACCCGGCGGAGCAGAGCCCGGGAUAUUGGAUGCUGGAGACAAUUUCUCCAGACGGACAGCCGUUGGAUCAGGGCCAAGUGGAGACAUUCACCAUGUUCCCUGCGGCGGGGCUGAGUGUGGUGAACCAGGGCACCGCGUACAGCCACAGGGAGGUGAGGGUGAGACUGGUGGCGAUCUUGCCGUCCCCAGUCCUCUUUGGGGACGUGCUGCUUUUCGAGGCGCCCUUGGGCUUCCUCCUGGCCGACGUGCAGUGGGAGGACCGCUUGGCCUCCAUCCCGCCCGCGGCGGAGCUCUCCUGCGCCUUCGGGCCCUGUAGCGCGGCGCUGAGCUUUGUGGCUGACUGGAAGCUGCAGCAGCUGCAGGGUGGGGUGGCCUUCGCUGCCAGCCUGCCUCUGGCCCUCAGCGUCGCCUCCGUGAACCCGGGCAGAACUCCAGCUCCGGAGGAAUCCUUCUGGCGACUCACGCACCUCAGGGAUACGACGCUCUCCACUGCCGUAGUGGCCGGCUGGCCAGUGCUGCCAGAGCUCCGGCAGGUGCAAGUGAGCCUCUUGGGCCCCAGCUACCGCGCGGGGGCGGCGGGGGACCUGCUCCUCAGCUUCGUGGCAGAGAGCUCGGCGGUGGCUGCGGUGUUGGUGGCCCAUGCGCCGGGGGUGGCCUUCGACGGGGCUGAGGCGGCCUCCAAGGACGCGGCCACCUCGGGGCCCACACUGGUGCUCAGCGGCCUGAGCCUGGUGGAGGGGCUGGUUACCUCGAUCGUGAUCACCUCGGUGCGCCUGGGCCAAGGGGGCCGCAGCAUCUUCAGCCUGCAGACCUUUGAGGACCGGGGGAUGUCUAAGGUGGCAGACGAGCGCCUGCACUUUGAGGCCUUUUUUCAAGCCGGUGCCGUGGAAGUAGAGGGCACCCUACAAGGUCAUCACUCGCUGAGUGACCCUUUGCUGCAGAACCUACCGGCUCGCGCCGGCGAGUGGGCGGAGGUGUCUCUCCGCCUUUCCUUCUCGCUGGCAUUGGCUGAGGGGGGCGUGCUGCUGGUGACCUCCCGCGGCCUGGGCGCCUACCUACUGAGUGCAGAGAAGGCCCAGGUGAACCACUCCGCGCCACUGGAGGCUCAGGUCAGCAGCAGAGGCGACCAUGUCUUGGAAAUCCGCUUCUCCGGCAACGGCACGCUCAUAGAGCCCGGUCAGUGGGUGGAGCUGAAAUUUCAGGCGGUGCCCACUGCCCUGGCGAACACGUGGCAGGUGGACACCUACCACCAGGGCGUGCUGAGCAACACCAAUGACGGCACCUUCCAGGGCUUCCGCCCAGUGGUGGUGCUGGAGGUGGAGCUGGCCCCACGGCGCAGCCCGCCGGGGGCCCUCAUCGAGGUGCAGCUCAAGGUCUCUGCCAGUGGGGUCCUUGAGCCCACCACGCAGCUUACGCUGGUGGCGCCCGAGGGCUUUUCCCUGCCCCCGCUCUGCGGGGAGAGCUGCGUCUUCGGGGAGCCGUUUGAGGAUACGCUGCGGCCUACGGCCGCCAUCACAGGGAGCAGCUUGUUUGAUCGGCAGCUGCUCUUCAAAGUGAAUACGCCCCUGCAGAGUCCCCAGGUGCUGACUUGGCUGGUGCAGGCCUGGGGCCCGGGGCCAAGUCUGCAGGCCUGGGGCCUGGCGGGCUUCAAGGUGAAUCAGAUGCGGGACGCGCAGGUUCUCUACGGUGGUGUGCCAGGCUUGCAGAAGGCAGAGCUGGCCUUCGUCUUCACCGUGGAGGUAGAGGAGGAGAUGCUCCGCAUUAUUGAGGUGAACGGCCCAGCAGAGCUGUCCUUGGAUUGCGCUGGCGCCGCGCUGCGCGGCCUGGCGCUGCCUGGCCCGCUCUGCGCGCAGCAGGGCCCCGGGUUUCUGCGGCUGGAGCUGGGAACGGGGCUCAGCCCAGGCACCUACGCCUUCACCGUCCAGGGCGAUUUGCCGGCACAAACCCCAGUGGAGAACUCCUUCUCCGUGCUGUUGAAGCGGCAGCCCACGGAGCACGUGGUGGAUGCAGCCUUCGGCCUGCCCGGGUGGCCCACGCUGGACCUCCAGAUCUCCCAGCCGCUGCUCGCCUGGUCCACCGCAUCUGCCGCCGAGAUCUCCAAGGUCACGGUAUCCUUCGCGGUGCAAGAGGCCUCCCAGCAGCUAAGGGCGCUGCUGAUCAGCCUGCCAGACUUCUUUCAGCACCGGGUGCGGAGCGCGGCGGAGUUCAAGGUCUCCAACCCCAGGCUGCCGUUGCUGCAGGGCGCCCAGGACUGGCUGGACGUGUCCAGCCGGCACCGCAUCGUGGUAAACCUCGAGCCCCAGGACCCGGAGGUCGCCAUCGGCACCUACAUGUUCACGUUCCCGGUGGCGCUGCCCGGCGCAGAGCUGCCGGCGGUGAACUUGUGGCGCCUCAGCCUCUGCAGCGCCCGCUGCGCAACUCCGACAGACAAGGCGGUGCUGCUCUCCUUCGCCAUGGCCGGGUUUCUGCCCGGGGAGGUGUCGCUGCUGGAGCAGCGGCGCCAGCAGCUGGCCACCCAGGCUGCAGGCCUGGAGGCGACCGGGGCCGGCCGGUCCUUUCCAAUCUGGAGGAUACUGAUGGUUUGCUUCCUCGUCUUCACAUAGCCGCCCUCGCGGUCAGCUCAAGCCGACGUCCGCACCCGCGACACUGGCGGGAGACGACGGCGGGAUGGGGAGGCGCUGCGACUGUGACCCAGCACCCAGCAGCAAGCGAAUGCAAGGCCACGCCAGGGCGCCAGGCCGGCUGCGUCCGAAGGGCCGAUUUGGCGCCGUCGGCUUUGCGCUGAAAUUGGACGCUUGCAAGCCGAGCAGUUCGAGAAGGCGACUUGAAGAUGCGCAAGGCACUCAAGCCUGGAAGAUGCGAGCGGG